AGUUAAAUUAUAUUUAAGUAAGUACAUUUAAGUAAGUAAUGUUUCCAAUACAAAGCGGAAUAAAAGGUUGACUUCCUCUUCUGCUGCCGGAACUUCCCAGUGUGACACCAACCGGAAGUAAACAAGCCGCUAGCAGCAUCGUUAGCUUUCCUCGUGUGAGGACGGAGCAGGAAGACGGUUGUGUUGUCGUCUCUCAGCUGAAUAUUUCAGUGUUUCAGCAACAAUGUCUUCAGUUCAGCAUCUGAGAGAGUUUAUCAGCGAGCGACUAACUGCUGCUGCUGAAGAAAUAUUCACAGAGUUUGAAAAAACCAUCGUCCAGUACGAAGAAGAGAUCGAUCGUCAGCGCAGACUGCUGGAUAUCACCUGGAAUCCACAGCUAAAGUUAAUCAGAACAGAGGUUCCACAUCAAUAUGUCUACAAGGUGGAUGAAGCUCUUCAAGAUGACACUGUGAAAUUUCAACAGCUCAUCCAGGGGAAUCCCGAGGCGUUCCCAGGCCAGCCGAGAGAUGUCGUCCGUCCAGCAUGUCCUGGGUCUUCCCCGCGGCCUCCUCCAGAUGGGACAUGCCCGAACACCUCAUCAGGGAGGCGUCCUGGAGAGGUUCCACAUCAAUAUGUCUACAAGGUGGAUGAAGCUCUUCAAGAUGACCAGCAGCUGUGCAAGCAGAACUCAAACCUGGACCAGGAGCAACCAGAGUCUGCUCGUAUUAAAGAGGAAGAGGAGGAACUCCUCAGCAGUCAGGAGGAAGAGCAGCUUUGGCUGAAGGAUGAAACUGAUCAGUUUUCAAUACCGGCUGCUCAUGAGGAAGAUGGUCACAGUGAUCCAGAACCAAACAGGGACCAUAUUCCCUCUUACAGUCCUCCUGCAGACCAACAUUCACCUUUAGAGGAAAGCAUGGUUGAAGACUCAGGACCAACAACGUGUGCAGAUACACAGCCAGAAAAGAGCUGUCUAACGGAGACAAAUGAGAACGUAGGAGAGUCCUUUCUGUUAGAAAGUCAUUGUAAUGAAAGAGAUGAGAAACAACAUUCCUGCAAGUUCUGUGGGAAACAAUUUAAAAUUAAAAGUAAGUUAAGUGUUCAUGUAAGAAUUCACACAGGAGAGAGACCGUACUCUUGUCAAAAUUGUGGGAAAUGUUUCACUCAAAAUACUUAUUUGGUGAACCACAUGACAACUCACACAGGAGAGAAGCCAUAUUCUUGUCAAACAUGUGGGAAAUGUUUCACUCAAAGUAGUUAUUUGGUGAACCACAUGAGAAUUCACACAGGUGUGAAGCCAUUUUUUUGUCCAAUAUGUGUAAAAUGUUUCGGUCGCCAGAGUACUUUGAUGCGCCACAUGAGAAUUCACACAGGUGAGAAGCCGUAUUCUUGUCAAACAUGUGGAAAAUGUUUCAGUCAAAAUGAACAUUUAAAGUUCCACAUGAGCUCUAACAGAGGAUGUCAAAAGCCACCUUCUAUAUUCGUGGGUCAGCAGAGGGAAGAGGAGGGGGCUCAGCACACAUCCUUGAGGGACCCCGUGUUCAGUGUGAUGUGUGAGGGCUGUGUGGAGGACAGUGGAGACGGCAUCGUCGGUCGAGUGCCGUUAGAAGCACUUCAUAAGAACGGGAGUGAGGGCUAUCGGAGGGUAGUCAUGGAAACAGGAGGACGACUUCUUUGGGACAGGGAUGAUGGUGGUGGUUUUGAGGGAUGUGGGGACGACAGCCUGGCUCAGCGACAUGUUGAAGAUGUCCGCGAAGACAUCCGUGAGCUUCCUGACACAGUCCCUCAGCACACGACCAGUCACAAGAGUGCUUUGGUGUACCACAUGAGAAUUCACACAACUGAGAAGCCGUAUUCUUGUCCAACAUGUGGAAAAUGUUUCAGUCAUAAGAGUCUUUUGGGGCGUCACAAGAGAAUUCACACAGGGGAGAAGCCGUAUUCUUGUCAAACAUGUGGAAAAUGUUUUGGUCACAGGAGUGGUUUGGUGUACCACAAGAGAUUUCACACAGGUGAGAAGCCGUAUUCUUGUCAAAUAUGUGGAAAAUGUUUUAGUCGCAGGAGUAGUUUGGUGUACCACAAGAGAAUUCACACAGCUGAGAAGCCAUAUUCUUGUCAAACAUGUGGAAAAUGUUUCAGUUACAAGAGUACUUUGGUGCGUCACAUGAGAAUUCACACAGGUGAGAAGCCGUAUUGUUGUCCAACAUGUGUAAAAUGUUUCACACAAAAUGAUGAUUUAAAGUACCACAUGAUCACUAACAGAGAAUGUCAAAAGCCACCUUCUAUAUGUGGAAAAGAUUCAAUCUAAAUCACGGGCUGUAAAUCAAUUAUCUUUGGCCUGCACGAUCAUAUCUAAUCACUAUUAGAGCUGGCCUGCUGAUACAGCACAUCUACCAAGGCAAGGCAAAUUUAUUUGUAUAGACAAUUCAAAGUGCUUUACAUAAAUACUACAAGUCCCACAAUGCACUGCCAGUACGUUUACAAUCACAGGCCCGCGAGCGAGUACCUCACCGAUUCUCCAGAAACCUGACGGAGCUGCUCACCUUUGUCAACAACCCCUCUCCCCGGAAAAUGGCUAAAGGAAAAGUGGACUUUGUAAACAGAGAAUAUGUUUGUGGAUGUAAAGGACAAAGCUGUGUGUCUUCUGUGUGGAGACAGAGAGGCUGGAAUGAAGGAAUACAACGUAAGAAGACACCUUGAAAUGAAGCACCACCACA